AGUAGCCGCUAGACUUGUAGAUCCUGGAGGUCAAUGAAGAUACUCCAGAGAAUCUGUAGAGAAGAGAAGUAGAAGGCUACAUUUGAACUACUAAUUUUAACUUUCUAACUAAUGAAUAACUACUAAUAUAGUAAUACUGUCCUUAAUGAAUGUUUUUAGGUUGUGUUACAGAGAAAAGCUCACUUUUUAUCCAUUUUUUUUAGUUGUAGAACCUAGUUGUAGAUGAUUCCCCGACAUAACUUGACUGUGAUGUUUCAUUCUGCGCUUUAAAAGUUGUGAGACAACAUUUUAGGCAUUGAUUUAUAUGUACCUUCAGUGUACGCAUUUUUGCCUUUUACGUAAUGCAAAAAUACUGGGUAGUUCACACCAAAUUAAAACCAUUUACUCACGCUCAUGCUGUUCUGUGGUAAGAUAUUUUGAAAAAUGUCUAUUCAGUGAAAGUCAGUGAGGUCCAGUUUGGUUGCGGAUGCCAAAUACCUUCAGUGUAUGUGCAAAAAUUUCUCUUUCAAAAUAUCUCUUUUAUGUUCCACAGAAAAAAAGUCAUACAGGUCUGGAAUGACAUGUGGGUGACUAAAUAUAGCCAUUUUCACUUUUGGGUAAAUUAUUCCUUUAAAUGAAUUGGAAAGAACUGACUGUACUGAAGCAUAAAAAUACAAUAAUAUGUUUGCACAGAUAUUUAGGAAACAGGCUACUUGUUUCUAAGAAAAACAAUCAGAGCUAGUUAUUCUACUUUGAAAUGCGCAUUCUUUGUCAGAAUGUUUUGUUUUGGUCUGUGUGAUUCUGCCCACUGCCAGUUUACCCUGAAGUAUUUUGACCCACCAGGUUGCCAGUUCACGGAAAAUACAGCGUAUUGCAGCCAUGGAAGUCACCAAACAGACAGGGUCAGAAAUCAAAGAUUCUACCUGACCUAAAAAGCCUCCGCAUCCAUAUAAAACAACUUACAUCAACUUACUCAUCUUCCUUCCCUUCACGUGCCCCUGUCCUCAACUCAACUAAACCAUGGGGUCAUUCCGAAAGCCCAGGCCCCGUUUCAUGAGCUCGCCUGUGCUGUCCGACCUCGCCCGCUUUCAUGCCAGCUCGCCAACACUGCAGCUGUCCAACGCUAGUGUUUGGAACAGUGUUCAAACGGCUGUAAUUAAAGUCUUCCAUGGUGUGGGGCUACAGGCCAAUGAGCUCUACAACCUGAACGAAAGCAUAAGGUGGCUUUUGAGGACCGAGCUGGGAUCAUUUAUCACUGAAUACUUUCAGGAUCAGCUCUUGAAUAAGGGUCUGAUAUAUAUUUUGGAGAAGAUUCAGCUUCAUAACGAUGAGACUCAUCUCCAAGCGCUGUCUGAGAUGUGGGUGAGGUUUUUCACAGACAUCCUGCCAACUCUUCAAGCUAUUUUCUACCCUGUGCAGGGUCAGGAGUUGACUGUGAGGCAAAUGUCUCUGCUAGGCUUCAGGAACAUGGUUCUGUUGAAGCUUCCUGUGGAGAACAUGUUUCAGGGCUCCUCAUUUCCUCCUCCAAUCACACAGAUGCUGCUGAUCCUGCAGGGCAUUCAUGAGCCUAAUGGACCUACGCAAGAGUAUUUCCGGCUCGAGAGGCUAGUGGACAUGGUUAUAUCUCCUUACCUGAGUAACUACCUCUACAUGAAUCCUAGCGAUUCCUCUUCAGAAGAUCAUCUAGAAGGCCUGAGGUUGGUUGCCACUCCAUACCUCAGUCAACCUGAGAUUAUGGUGACACAUUUUGCCCACGAGUCUUUCCUGGCACCUCUAAUCGAACACGAGGGUGAAGCCUAUUUGGAAAGGACCGGUGGUGUCCGACGCCACACAGUCGCCAAUGUGCAUUCGGACAUCCAGCUCCUGUCCAUGAAAAACAGGAUGUGUUCAGAAAAAGUGGAGGUCAGUGGGGCGGCCAGGAUGACCAAGACAGAGAGCAAAAGGACACCUAAGACUUUCUGCAAUGAACCGGCCUUUUUUGACUCCCGGCCAGGUGGCGUGGAAAUCCUCCGAGUGCAAAGCACUGCAGAGAUGAAGUGUGGCCUAACUAGUUAAAAAAAGCCUUUCUCUCACGCUCUCAAAACGCCCACUGAGAUCUUGUAAAGUUACGAUAACUGAGACAAGCUAGAACGUGUUGGCUUAAUACAAUAUGGACUCUACUGCUGUGGAAAUGUGAGCUGUUUUGUGUGCUAAAUACUGUUUGGCCUGUCAGUUUAGCCUGUUUUUAAGAGCUUGGAGGGGUGGAGGAUGGUUGAAGAAGUUUCGCUUCAGCCGUUUCUUGUAAAGCACGCCAAAGUCAUGCUUUUUUCUAUCGUGGAGGUGGUAAAGCGGUGUGAAAGUAUGCCAGUUAGCAAACGGUACAGCAGAAACCAUACUGAGACAAACUAACGGCACAUACUUACAAUUAAUGUCUUUACCUUCUCUUUCUUAAGCUGUCUUACUGUUUCAUUUCUUAGUCGUGGAAACUAAACAUACUGACAUGAUUUUUAGUCUUUUAUGAAUGUUUUGUUUUAUUGUAUGAAAUUUUAAUAUUUAAAAAAUGUAAUUUAAAAUAAUUAAAAAAGAAACUCAAUUCAAUGUGUGUCAAAUAAUGUUGUAUAUUUUUGUAGUAAUAAAUUUUAAUGAAGAAAGUG